AACACAUACUUUCCAUCCCUGUCUCUAGUAAACAUAUACCAGGAUCCUGUGAGGCUGAUGCCUAAGAUUUGAGGAACCAAAGUCCAAACGGCUGCGAGCGGGACCUGCGAGAGGUACACAGUUGUGUGUGUCUCUCUGUGGACUUUAUAUUUACUCUUUUGGUGUUGCCGUGUUUAUAUAUUUGGUUCAGGAGAGUGGCUUCAUGGGCAGUGGGUCAAGUCAUGUUGUUAUUCUGUCACGUGUCAGUGGAAAGUUAUGAUAAGUAGAAAAGAUGCAGUCUCUCCGCUCCUCCCCCUCUCCUGCUCAUGUUGUGUCUCCGGUUCCUGAGCUCCCGGAGCGGCCCGGACCCCCCCCACCCAGCCCCCCUCAGGGGCCCCCGAGGGACCCCGGGGCUCCCGGCACCCCCUGCCUCUCCGGGGGAGACCCAGAGACCCCGGAAUCUGAGAGCCAGUCCCCCAGCAGGGGAAGAGACACCCCCACAAGGCUCAGAAGCCCCAACUUCAGAUAUCCCCCCGAUUCCGGCAGAGAACCCCAAGGCACAGAAAAACUCGCCCAAGCCGGAGAUAUCAGCGCCCAGAUUAAAGAGCGUGAGCUUUCCAGCCCUGAUAGAAACCACCACAUCGAAGACAGAAGCAUCCCGAUCAGAGACAGAUACCCCACCUUCGGAGGCAAAGAUACCCCUGCUAGAGACAGGGGGUCCCCCGUCAGUGACAGAGUCUCUGUCAGGUCUGCCAGCGAUCUCAGGAUCAGAGACAGAGAGCUCACUGUCAGAGACAGAGACCCCCACGGCUCAGACAGAGACCCCCCCGGCCGGCGGAUGGAAGAGACAGCAGGGAACGCGGUGAUCAUCAGGAUCGGCAUCCCGGACCUGCAGCAAACGAAGUGCCUCCGGCUGAACCCUGAUGCUCCGGUGUGGGUGGCCAAACAGCGGAUCCUGUGUACACUAAAUCACAGCCUAAAGGACGUUCUAAAUUAUGGGCUCUUCCAGCCUGCUUUCAAUGGGAGAGCUGGCAAAUUUUUGGAUGAGGAACGACUUCUACGGGAAUACCCACCUUCUUUGGCAACACCUGUUCCUUACCUGGAGUUUCGGUACAAGAGGCGAGUUUACACACAGUCACUGCUGGAUGACAAGCAGUUUGCCAAACUUCAUACAAAGGGUAAUCUAAAAAAGUUCAUGGAGUACAUUCAGUUACAGAAUAUCGAAAAAGUUACCAGACUGCUAGAGAGAGGUCUAGAUCCCAAUUAUCAGGAUCCAGACACGGGAGAAUGUCCUUUAACCCUUGCAUCGCAAUUGGAGGGUGGAGCAGAUCUAGUAAAGAUUUUGAGAAAUGGAGGAGCACAUCUUGACUUUAGAACCCGCGAGGGACUAACGGCUCUGCACAAAGCGGUUCAUUACCGCAACCAUGCCGUACUGAUGACCCUCUUGGAUUUGGGUGCUUCACCUGACUAUAAGGACAGCCGUGGCCUGACACCACUCUAUCACAGUGCUAUGGUUGGGGGAGAUCCCUACUGUUGUGAGCUGCUACUCCGAGACUAUGCCAGCCUCGGCUGUGAGGAUGAAAAUGGCUGGCAGGAGAUUCACCAGGCUUGUCGGUAUGGGCAUGUUCAACAUUUGGAGCAUCUCCUGUUUUAUGGAGCUGAUAUGAGAGCACAGAAUGCGUCAGGGAACAGCGCUCUGCACCUUUGUGCACUCUACAAUCAGGAGAGCUGUGCUCGGGUUCUUCUCUUCCGGGGGGCAAGUAAAGAGAUUCGAAAUUUCAACAACCAGACUGCAUUCCAGGUUGCCAUUAUUGCAGGAAAUUUUGAACUUGCAGAAAUAAUCAAAACUCACAAAGAAUCUGACAUUGUGCCUUUUCGGGAGACUCCAAGUUACACAAAGCGCAGACGUGUUGUGAGCUCUGUGGGUCUCUCAUCCCCGCGCUUCCUGCAGCGCUCUGCCAGUGACAACAACCUCAACUCAGAUGGAGCUCACUAUUCCCCAGUGCCCUCGCUCCGUGGUCUGCCCCCACAGUUGCUUUCCCAGGGUCCAGAGGUCUCCGGGAUAGCAGCAGUGGGGGACAGCAGCCUUGCGAGCACUACUAGCUCCCGUAGCACACACAGCCGCUCCCCGUCACUGCACCGUGCCAGAGAGGAAAGAGAUAUUGACACCCACACCCUUCGAAGAGGACGAGGCAAGAGCAGCCCAGGGCCACUGGAUGUGAGGAGUACUGGCCCUCGGGGGCCCAAAAGAAAGCUGUACAGUGCUGUCCCAGGAAGAACAUUCAUUGCAGUGAAAUCAUAUGAACCGCAAGGACCCGGAGAGAUCCAACUCAACAGAGGAGAGAGAGUGAAGGUGUUGAGCAUAGGUGAAGGGGGCUUCUGGGAAGGCUCUGUGAAGGGCAGAAGUGGCUGGUUUCCAGCAGACUGUGUGGAGGAAGUUCAGAUGAGGCAGCCUGAUCCAAGGCAAGAAACCCGUGAAGAUCGAACAAAGCGGCUCUUUAGACAUUACACAGUGGGAUCCUAUGACUCAUUCACAUCACACAGUGACUAUGUCAUCCAGGAGAAGGUGGCACGCUUGCAGAAAAGAGAACUGGAGGGAUUUGGCUUUGUAUUGCGAGGAGCAAAAGCAGAGACACCAAUUGAGGAGUUCACACCUACCCCUGCCUUCCCUGCCCUGCAGUAUCUGGAGUCUGUUGAUGUGGAUGGAGUGGCCUGGAGGGCUGGCCUUAGGACUGGGGACUUCUUGAUAGAGGUAAAUGGUGUAAAUGUGGUGAAGGUUGGACACAAGCAAGUAGUAUCUCUAAUUCGUCAAGGAGGUAGCCACUUGACCAUGAAAGUUGUGUCUGUAAGUCGGAAACCCGAGAGUGAGGAGGCUAUGCGCAGAAGGGCUCCCCCACCACCGAAGAGAGCGCCAAGCACCACACUUACCCUGAGAUCCAAGUCCAUGACAGCCGAACUUGAAGAACUGGAAAGACUAGAUGAAAUCUUGGUGGCGUCUGAUCCCUCCUUGUGCCCAGAUAUUGCUGAAGCUGAUUCUAGAGCUGCCACUGUCAAACAGAGACCAACAAGCCGGCGCAUCACCCCAGCUGAGAUCAGUUCACUGCUGGAGAGACAGGGGAUUCCCCAACAUGCAGUACACCAUUUUCCCAAUGAAAAACAUCAUUUUCAGCUUCAUCAUGGAAUGUCCCGGACAAAAUCUGUAGGUGAGGAUGAGAAGUUUUCAGACUCUUUCUUUGAUGGCCGUUUUCCACGCAGCACAUCCAUGCAGGAUUCAUUAAGGGAAGGUCCUGGAAUCCCACCACCCCCACAAAAAGCUGCUCCCCCUCCUCCAACUCCAUAUUAUUUUGACACUGGACCACCCCCAACUUUUUCCCCACCUCCUCCUCCAGGCAGAGGUUAUGAUACAGUGCAUUCCAGCUUUAAACCAGGGUUUGAAGCCAGGUUUCAUGGGCUCCAACAUGGAAUGGGUUCUGCUGAGCUCUUAAGCAUGGAUCGUGGUCUGCCUCCUCCUGAUCGACAAAAGAGAGCUCGCUCCAUGAUAAUCCUUCAGGAUACAUCCCAUCUACCAGUUGAACCCACAAGUAUUCAACGACCAGGUCCAUCACCUACUCCUCCAGAGAAACUAAAAAGAAGAAGUCGAGCUACAGAGAAUACAUAUGCCAAUGUGGGUAUUUUUGCACCAAUGAAGCCACAGAGAAAGAAGAGCCCCCUUGUGAAGCAGCUUCAAGUGGAAGAUGCCCAGGAAAGAGCAGCACUAGCUAUGGUAGGAGGCUUUUCCCGUGAUCCUUCACCAUCUCGGCGCAGCCCAAGGCAGAGCAUGAUGGAACUAGGAACAGCUCAACAUGAUCCACUCAGUAGCCCUUUUGCAACAGCACUUGCAGGAGUGAUGAAGGAACGUGAAAGAAGGCUGGAUGAAAAGCGAAAAUCCACAGUCUUCCUCUCAGUCGGAGCACUAGAGGGCACACCUCCAUCUCCAGAUCUCCCAUCCCUGCAGCCUUCACGAUCGGUUGAUGAGCGGCUGUUGGGGAGUCGUGAUGUUCUUCUUCCGUCACCUGGAUCCUCUUUAAAAUCUUUAAUGUAUAGCAGCUCUCAUUCCACUUUUAUCCACCCACUAACUGGCAAGCCUCUUGAUCCAAACUCACCCCUUGCUCUUGCGCUGGCCGCAAGGGAGAGAGCACUGUCUGCUCAGGCAUCUUCUCCCCCUCCUCCAAGGACACCCACCCCAGUAAGGAGCCCAGAAUCAGACAGAGCUCCUCCACUCUUCCUGGAAAUACAAACCAAAGAGGGGGAGAUGGGAAUGGAGUUUGAAGGGUCAGCAUCCCCAAUUUACAGUCCAUCAGGGGCACAAAUUAAAGGUCAGUGGGUAACACCUCUACGCAGAGAUGGAGAUGUUCGCCCAGAUAAGAGCCCUGAGAGACCAGUGAGCAAGGUGGAAGAGCGAAAACCUAUGAUCCUAAGCAUCGUAGACACAUCUCAACAGAAAACAGCGGGCCUCAUCAUGGUGCAUGCUACGAGCAAUGGAACAGAAGAAAAAGAACAGGAGCCACCAGCUACCACUGAUAAGCAAAAAGUUGAACAACCCCCAGAUAUUGAGGAGAAAGCCCCCUCCAGCUCAUCAUCUGAUAAGACACUUGGCCAGGGAAGCUCAGAAGAAGAAGUUGAACCUUUUGGAGGCAACUUGCCACCUGCCAUGCUCUCCUCUAGUGAUGAGGAGACAAGAGAAGAGCUGGCCAAAAUUGGACUGGUGCCUCCUCCUGAUGCAUUUGCCAAUGGAGUCCUGGUCACCAAACCUGGCACCCCUAUCAGCCAAUUGACUCGACCUGGUACUUUGGCUGUGCCAUCUGCCAAGCAAGCCAGCAGUACACCACCCUCAGGGAAGCCCUCGGAUGCACCACAUCCCCACCCAGAGUCAGCUACAGAUUCAGGUGUGGAAGAAGUGGACACCAGGAGCUCGAGUGACCACCACCUAGAGACCACAAGCACCAUCUCUACUGUGUCUAGUAUGUCCACUCUUUCCUCUGAAAGUGGGGAGCCCACUGACACCUACACCUCGUAUGCCGACGGUCAAACUUUUAUACUCGAGAAGCCGCCAGUGCCUCCAAAGCCCAAACUCAAGUCUCAACUGAUGAAGGGCACCGUGACCUUCAGGGACCCCCUGCUCAAGCAGUCUUCGGACAGUGAGCUCAUCGCCCAGCAGCAACUUGCAGCGGGCCGUCCGCGCUACCUCUUUCAGAGAAGAUCUAAGCUAUGGGGAGACCCAGUGGAGAGCCGACCCCUUUCCCAUGGGGGCCCUGUGGAAAUGGAAAAGCCGUCAGUGAUUGGAGAAAUCAGUUCCCGACUCCAGCUGCUGAACAAAGACACGCGGUCACUGGGGGAGGAGCCAUCAAUUCCGGGAAUGGAUCCGGUCAAGAAAUCUCCCGUAGUGGCAGCUCGCUUGUUCAGCAGUCUUGGAGAGCUGCACACUAUUUCCCAGCGCAGCUAUGGAACAUCCUACACCGUACGCCCUGGGAGCAGACACCCGCUGACUCGCCGGGCCCCUAGCCCUGUGCCACCUUCCUCUGAAAGAGUAGAGCCAUUAGGAGGGGCACGAUCGUACACACUUACACCUCCCACUAUCCUGAAGUCCUCCAGCCUUUCAGUUCCUCAUGAACCUAAGGAGGUGCGCUUUGUAGUGAGAAGUGUCAGUGCCCGGAGCCGAUCUCCUUCUCCAUCUUCUGGGCAUCCCCUGCAUCCUGCUCGUCCAUUUAUGCAGAAGCCCCUGUCACUAUGGAAUAAGUAUGAUGUGGGUGACUGGCUGGAGAGUCUAAACCUGGCUGAACAUCGCCUCAAGUUCCAGGACAAUGAAAUUGAAGGCUCUCAUCUACCUGCUCUAACUAAGGAUGAUUUUGUAGAACUUGGGGUUACCCGUGUGGGCCAUCGUAUGAACAUCGAGCGUGCCCUUCGUCAGCUGAGCACCAGCUGACCCGGCCAGGAGCUGCGGUCCCAGCCCCCGGGAGAGCAACUCUGCACCGCUUCGGGGGGAGGAACUACUUCACAUACACAUAGUGGCGGGCAUUGCCCUGAACACAUAGAACAAACACAAAGGGGAACCGACUGCGCUGUACCAACACACACGACACAACAGUGCCCAAAACUUCCAGAGCAAACCUCUUGCUUUGCACAUAUACAAAGCCCAACACACUGCCCUGAAAGUACACACAGGAGGACAGCACACUGCACUGAGCUCGUACCCAGAGGAACACAAUGCAGUUCACACACUGUCACAAUAACAUGUGCAAGUGUUAUCACAGUUAGCCUUUCACAGGCAGACACACUUACGCUAACACACACUGAUACCCAGACUGUAACACAAACAUUAUCUGAGACAUAAAGUAAAAUGCAUUUAAGGGUAUCCACCAACAUUACAGUAUCCCAACAGACACAGGCAUUAAUAAUACACUUAUAUGUAGAAAGACAAGUUUACAUUUAUUGUAGCUCAAAACACACAUUCCUCUCCUCUCCUUGUGCGGUGCAAUGGGGCCCAGUCACUGAUCCCCCAACUCACUUUUUCUCUCUGUGCCAUGGAGUACAGGAGGGGUCAGUCACAGGGUCCCAGGGCCAGGCCACUGUGUGUAAAUUCCAUUUUUUAAGCUGAACAACAAAGGGAUCGCAGUCAGACAUAGAACAUAGACCGGGGCAAACCUCCAUACCAAGAUCUGACUCAUGGAGAGAUAUCCAUGGAUUGGGCUGGAAGAAUCUGCAGGUUCCAGCCACCGCCACUGUGGGACGCUUUUUAUGCAUCUUUUUAAUUAGCUAUAUAUUUGAAGAGAAAAUGACUUUACCUAUAUAUAUCCAUAUAUAUAUCUAUAUAUAUAUAUAUAUCUAUAUACACAACACCCUCUCACUGGACUUUUUAUAUACAGCAAAUCUGGGGAUGUUUAGAGGUUUUGCGUGUCCGACGCUGCCUCAUUUUGGGAUUUGAAUUUUUCUUUGGGUUUUUGGUUUAUGUUUAUUUUCAAUUUGUUGAAGUUUUUUUUAAUGAAGGUUCUGAGAGUUAUUUCAAUAAACCCCUCACCAUGCCACCAGCAUUAUUUACAAUGAGACAUGCAUAUUUUUUUUUUGGUCAACAUCUCACAUGGGGUCAUCAUUACCAGGGCUUAUAUGGGGGAGGACUCAUUUUAUUAUCAUUUUAUAUUUACUUGAACACUGGGGCUCAUUACAAUCACCCAUCCAUGUUGCCAAAUUAAAAGUUUGUAUUUUAGUUGUGAAUUCUAAGGUUGGGUGUUCUGGGAUAACUUUUUGUGUUAUGUUUGAUGGAUUUUAUCUUUCAUUUUCUAUGAUAUUCCAUGAGGGUUUUCUUCUGACACUGAGGUGGAUUUUUUUGGUUCUACUUUGCUAAAUCCUGUUCGCUGGACAUUUUAGUUAAAUAUUAUGGGGGAAGGAACAUUUGGAUAAAUUGUUUAUAUUUAAUUUGGAGGUAAUGUUGACUUAUUCCAGGGUUUUGUCUAUUCAGGUCUUAAGAAUUAGCAAUUAUUUCCUCACUACAUUGCUUUUCAUGGUUGAGCCGGAGAAAGAAUAGACCCCUCUCCUUUGAACAGUGUACAGCACCCUAAAUACACCCAGAAUCCCUCUCACAUUCUCACAGAUAUGUCCCAAGAUAUUGCAUGGCCUGCAGUAGACUGUUGAUAUCUGGGCAACAAUCUCAUGCAAUGCCUUGCUUAUUGUCAUCUACUUGUGGACAUUGACUGGAGAUGAGGGAGAAUCACGGAGCCGGCUGGGUCCUCUCAUGUACUAUGUCCCUGUGCUCCUGAGGAUACAUUACCCGGGGGUGACCGACCUGGAUCCAGUGUGCCUUAUUGCCAUGAUAAUCGCUUCAGGUCCCUAGUGGGGAGAAGCAAUCUGAUGAUAUCCCAUUUCCUGCAGUGCCUUAUCGCCAUUGUGGAGCUUAGACAAGACCCUCUGACUGUGCUACAUGCGCUGCUCUUUUAGAGCAGGAGAAUAUACAGCCCCCAAGAUGGAGCGAUCGCUGCUGCUUCUCUGACUGGAAUACUAUAGCCCGACUCCCACAAUCUGAUUGAUCCUCAUAUACAGGGCUAUAAUCCAGCUCCCUGCUUGCCAGAAGGAUUUCACUGAGCCAGGUUACAAGGCAACACAAUUCAGCAUGGAGAGAGUGGAUACAAAAGAAAUAAAACUGCCACCUUGUUUACUGUGUGACCCACAGCAACAGAAAUGUGUUUAUGAACAUUUUAUUAAGUGUAUUCUUGAAGCACUGAAUGAGCAAUAUUACAUAAAUAAUGGCUAAGCAGUGUGGGAUUCUUAGAGUAACAGUGUGACUCUGAAAAGAACAUCUACAUUUCCCAAAUGUUUCAACUCAAGCCUUGAUACUGUCUCAUUUUUGGCCAGUUAGUGCAGAAACCUUCUAUCCUACCCUGCCAUGUGCUGUGCUCUCAAUACAGAGGCUCAGGCAUCUUACAACCAUGAGACAUGGCAGGAAGUAGCUUUAAAUUUGUGAUCAAUUAUAUCACAAUAUAGCUGUAUUGUAGUAUUAUUGCAACCACACAGAGAAACUCCACCAUUAAAAAGAUCUAGUUCCUUGCAAAAAUACAGAAUGAAAUACAGUGGAGUUAUUUGUGGUAUCUAAAAGCUAAAAAUAUCAAUAAACUCAUUCUAAAACAAAUUAAAGCUACUAAUUAGAGCACAUAACUAAAUUAGAACCUAAAAUACAGUAUAUAUUGUGCAAAGUGGACACUUGUAAUCGUUAAAUGAAAAACAGCAGAAGGUUCACUUAAACACAGCACAAGAAAAAGGCUGCUGGAAGGGAAUCAGAAAGAAGAAAUCAAAAGUCUUUACUUGGAACAGGACAUACAGACUACAAAGGCAACAGCCAUUUAUAUAACCCAAAUGUAUGUAGCCUUCUCUACAUGCAUACAGGGGUUAAAUAAUGGAUAAUAUUUAAAAGUGCAAACAGUUAUUAUCCCAAAGAACCUUGUUAAAGUUGACAUGGAGAUGAUUAUUAUACUUGCCAUAAUAGCUGAAUAAACCUUGGAGUAUACAGGGUUUAUGAGCUACACAUAAUAAAGGACGGAAAGUGAAAGGCAGCCAUUUUAAAAAUGCUGAAUCCUGCAUGGAAAUAAUAAAAACAAUCCAAAGUAAAAAUGUAAAAAAUGAAAAAAAAACCUGAAAAACAUUUAAAAACUGUAUGACAAUAAAGAAAGGUGAUAAACUAUAUGGGAAUAAAGAUGUAAACUAAAAAAUGUAUUAAUGGCAUUAAGGAAAUAUGUGCCAAAAAUCUAUCAUUUAUAAAGGCAAACAUUACAUGUUUCUGUGUUCUAUACAGAGCGUCUCCAUUGACAUAAUGCUUAUAUAUAUUCCAAAUAUCAAUUCAUUUAAAGCCUGAAUUCCCCACAGAAACUCUUUAUGGAUAUUCACACACAUUUAUUCCCCCACUGCCCUAUCAUGCCCAGAGCAAAUUCAUAGGAACAUCAAAAACUCCCAUUAUUCUGUAAAUUUAUAUCAGAAUAUUCCUCUCUUCUUUUUCCGGCUUUGCCAAAGCUUGAAGGGGAGGGAUGGGUGAUAAGGACUGACUUGGUUUUGGGGGGUGGGGUCUGGGAUUCUGCCAUGGGGUAAUAUCAUCUGGUGCUAUUUAGAGGGGGUGUAGUUUUGCCUGCCCCUCUCAUAUCUUAAUGUUUUUAAGGCUUUCAUAUGGAGUGUGUGUUUCCCACAGAGCAUGGCACAGCUAGUGCGGCAGUUAUUGGGUGUGUUGACAUACAUACAGAGAGCAGGGCUAGGGAUGGAGGAAAUAUAUAUAUAUACAUAUAUAUAUAAUGAUUUUCAUGGUAAGUUCAGCCACAGAAGAAAAGAUUCACCUGUGUCUGAUGGUUCUCUAGGUUUUUGUUCCUCUUGCUUCUUACACACGUGCAGAUUCAUUGGAAGGGGAAUGUGGGUCUCACAUUGUGAUUUGGGACUAUAUGACCAAAGAAUAAAUACUAGGGUAUUGCUGCUAGUGUCAUCACAGGACAUGAAGGGAUGUAGCAUCAAACUGUUAUUUCAGUUCUAGUUGCCCUUUUGUGCUGGUCAGUCAUGACUAGUAGACCCUAACAUACAGUUUGAUAUGCGUCACAUCUUUUUCCAGUAAGUUUCAGCUAAGGGACUCGAUCUUAUGAAACAAGCUUCAUAAUUCUGCAGUGAAAGAAUAUAAAUAAGUGAUUGCCAAAUAAGGGUGCUUAUCUGAUCAUGGUUACAUAGCAAAGAGCACAAUUAAUCACAUCAUAGGAAAAUAGAAGAAUAAACUUGGUCCAAUGCGGCAACAAACUAAACCUCCAUAAAAAUACAGGCCAAAGUGUAUAGCAGGGCAUUUGGACUACUUUAUCAGUUACUGUUAAGUAACAAUUUUUAUUUUUCACCAAAAACCUUUUUACAGGUAUGAGAUCUUUCAACUACUACGUGUACCCAUAACUGUGAUUUGUUUAUCUUUUCUCUGUAAUGAAAAAACAGUACCUUGUACUUGAUGGUAAUUAAGCUGCAUGGAUCUAUAUUGAUGGCAUGGUACUUCAGAUUAUUGAAGGGUCCCUAUUGUAGAAAACACCAGCCCUCUAGCUCUCCAGAUAAUAAAUCCCAUACCUGUAUUAAGACUUUCAGUGACUGCUAAAGUAAAAAUCAGCAUAUAAGGCAUACAUUUAUUAAACAGUGUAUGUCCUGUUCUAGGAUGAAAUUUACAUUUCAAAUCAGGAAAUUACCUGAAGGGCAUUUUUCAAAUGAAUUUACCAAAAAGCUUUAGAAAAUCUGCUCAUAGUAGUGGUACCCUCGUUCUUGUUGUAACUUACAAUGCAGAAAUCUUAUUGGCAUAAAAACUACAAUAUAAGUACUGUAGCCACUUAAAAAGUAGUCAUUGCCCCAUAUAAUUGACAGUAACUGGAGUUUGUCCAUCUACUCUAAAAUAACAGAUAAUGCUGAGAUGGCACUUGCAAGUAGUUUAAACCACAAGUUUAGUGAGUUUUAUAGAGAAAAUGUACGAUAUAGAUUCUAUAGAUAGAAUCAGUAAAAGAUAAAAAAAUAAAAAACAUUCAUUAUUCCCUAUAAUGUUAUGUAAAGUAUCCUAUAUUUGGGAAGAUUCAUUAUGUCUUCUCCUGAGAUCUUUACAUUUUAGCUUGCAGAAAAUGCUGUGGACCAUCCUUACAUGGAGGUGUCCUAAUAAAUGCUCCUAAAUGACCUCAUGAUAAAUUCCUAUCAAUAGUAAGUCCUAAUGAAUGCUGUUCUUAGCUGUAUUGUGAUGAUCAGUACUUGACAACAUUGCACUUAUUUGCCCAUUCGUUUAAUUUGCACUUAAAGGUAGGGUUAUGCAGAAGCAUGAGCAAAGAUCCCCAAGUCCAGUAAUCCAAAGCUACUAAUCAGAUGUUUGCCCUUUUGAGCCACCACUUAGGAAUAAGAGGCAACAUUGGAUGUUUGCUUUCAUUAUUCUGAAUGCACUGGAUCAAUAAAAACUAAGAGUCAUGAGGCUGCUAUUGCCCAUAUUCCUGCAUAACUCCUGAGUACUUUCACUUAAUAAAUUUUCAAUUCGAAUGAAACCUUGAUGUAUUCCCCUUAACUAUUUACUGAUGGUAAGUCCCAUACUAAUAAGGUUAUGCUCAUUUUUUGUAGGUUAUGGACAUUGACAUUGAGACACACCUAGAAAUCUGACCCAUUUAACAUCUAGCAUACACAAUAAUAAACUUAUAAAUUACUGUAUUUAGUAUUGACAGCACUCCCAGCUAUAAGAUUAUAAAGACACAGAGAAUCUUUGCCCCAUGGCACUUACCAUCUGAUUAACUUAGUACAAGUAAUGGAGUAGCCCCAGUGUCUGUUUUUAGAAGAUCCAUUUUCUGUACCAUUGUUUUUGUUGUAGGCUCUUUGGUGUAUGAGCUUGAUGGUUCUGAGUUAAUAACUUAUAAUAAUAAACACUGAGUUUGGGGGUACUUUUUAUAAAAGUGCCUUCUCCUAAUGUUGCUUUAUUUAAAAAAAAAAAACAUCAUAUGUGCUGGACCGCUGUUUGGGUGUUUUUGAGUAAUUGUACUGUGUAAUGGGGAUGACAGGGUUUUCAGAUGGAUGGGACUGAGAUGAAAACAUAGAAGGAUGCUCCAUUUCGUUAUUGCCAAUAGAACAUUCUGUGGAGAGUGCCUUUUGUGAAUGCAGAUGACAGAAGUGUUUUAAAAGAUCUCAAAAAAAAAGUUAUUGGAUAUGUAGUUGGUAGCGGUGUUUGUGUGAUGGGAGACAUUGAAGAAGGGUUGUGAGGAUGUUCCUUUAGAGUGGUGAGAUGUGCUUUAUUGGGAUUUUCAAAGUAAGGUUACCCAAGCAUGCUUUGUCUGAGUAACAAUGUGACUAUUGUAUCUGGAGGGUCUUUGCAAGGGCAAUAUUUGCAGUGCUCUUUGUGCUUAUGGGUUGGCUAACAUAAGAAUGUUCUGUGUGUUGUGCUGGAAAUGUGUGAUAUAUAAAGAUGCUUUCUCUGGGUGUUAGUUUGCCAUACUACCCCAAUGAUUGUGUGAAAGGAUAGAAUAUAUGCUGAGCUCUACUUGGGAAACUGAGUGCAUGGAAAUGUCCUCUACAAUUACUAAUAGGUACAGUAAAUGGAUAAUAAGACGGUGUUGAUUCUGGGGAUUGCAGAAAGUGCUCUAGACAUUAUUGUGGUAAUUUUAAGGGCGGGGUAUCUGGGUUACCUCACUUACCCCUGCAUCAGGUGUUAAUUAGUGUGCUGGAUGACAUAAUAAAUUUAUAAGAAACUC